AUGGCAGAAGUCCCCGAAAUCCCUCCGAGCGCCAUACGCGACCACAUGGCCAAAUUCGACGGGGAGAACUAUGUGAAAGGAUGGGCCAGCCUGUGGGACAACAAGGCCGAAGGGGAGACAUUGCCUUGGGAUCGAGGUUCCCAUAGUCCGGCACUCGAGGAUUUUCUCGUGCAAAAGAGAGGAUUUAUCGGGAGCCCCAUUGCUGAAGGGCCUGACGGUCAGAAGUAUCGAAGGAAAGCUUUGGUCCCCGGCUGCGGUACUGGCUACGAUGUGCUUCUUCUGGCCAGCUUUGGCUUCGAUGCCUAUGGUCUGGACUAUAGCGAGGCUGCAGUAGAAACAGCCAAGAAAGAGGCAGCAAAGAGUAAGGACAAUUAUGCUGUGCGAGGCCCAGCCGUUGGGCGAGGAAACGUGGUUUUUGUCCAGGGCGAUUUUUUCAAGGACGACUGGUUGGCCAAGCUGGAGUUGGCACCGCAGUCUUUUGAAUUGGUCUAUGACUAUACAUUUUUCUGUGCAUUGGAGCCGCGUCUACGGCCACAAUGGGCCAUGAGACAUCAGCAGCUACUCGCUUCACCACCGAGAGGAAAUUUGAUUUGUCUGGAAUUCCCGACAACAAAAAACCCAAAAUGGGGAGGUCCACCUUUUGCAUCACCGUCCUUUGCAUACAUGGAGCAUCUGAGCCACCCAGGAGAAGAAAUACCGUAUGACUCUGACGGCAAAGUUAAAUUCGACCCAUUGCGAGAAACGAGUGCUCUGGGCCUUGAACGUGUUGUACACUGGCAGCCAGUGCGAACACACAAAUCCGGAACGGACGAGAACACUUGCGAAGUUCUCGACCGAGUCUCCUUAUGGCGCAGACGUGCUUGA